CAAGAAUGAACACACAUUAGCAAUUCUUUGAGAAAGUCUUGCAAGAUUCCACGCAUGUGCAUCACAUUUACGUCUAAAUCAUUCAUGAUUUCAUGGAUGUUGCGCAAAUUAUUUAUUAACGGUUUCGUGGGGAUCUCUGCUAAGCUCCACCCAUUUCUCCUAAUAUGUUCAUGAACCAGAUGUCAAUCAAUAUAUUAAAGGCUACUGAUUGGAUAUCGGGGUGAUAAUCGCCUGGGUAUGCUAGAAACUCCCUAGAGACGGACUAGAGAUUCCUGAGGGAUGUUUUAUAUAGUGCGUUAUUAUCCGCUUUACUUUAAUGGAAACAAAACCGACCACUCUCGAGGAUUAAAACAACAUCAGAAAGCAAACAAUCAAAUUCUGAUCCACAAUUAUUGAUGGAUAACGGGCUUCAACCUCGUGGACCAUCAGUGACGUCACUUAAAGAAGAACCCCUCACAGGAAAUCAAUUGGGGGUGAGAUCCUGGAUGCAGCCGUCCGUAGUAGAACCCACAACCCCUGGCAGCACGGGGCUUGCCAGGGCCCACUUUGAGAAACAGCCACCGAGCAACUUGCGCAAAAGUAACUUCUUCCAUUUUGUUCUCGCGCUAUAUGAUCGUCAAGGGCAACCCGUUGAAAUAGAAAGGACGGCGUUUAUUGAUUUCAUUGAAAAGGAAUUGGAAGUAGAUAGUCAAAAAACCAACAAUGGAAUUCACUAUAGAUUACAGCUCUUAUAUGCAAACGGAGUCAGACAAGAACAGGAUUUAUAUGUGCGUCUCAUCGAUUCAGUCACAAAACAGGCAGUACAGUAUGAGGGCCAAGAUAAAAAUCCGGAAAUGAGAAGAGUUUUAUUGACACAUGAAAUAAUGUGCAGCCGAUGCUGUGAUAAGAAAAGCUGCGGUAACAGAAAUGAAACUCCAUCAGAUCCGGUUAUCAUAGACAGAUUUUUCCUCAAGUUUUUUAUGAAGUGUAACCAGAAUUGUCUGAAAAAUGCUGGGAAUCCUAGAGAUAUGCGCAGAUUUCAGGUGGUUCUUAGUACUCAGGUUGCCGUUGACAACGGAUUCCUGUUGGCAUGCUCAGAAAACAUGUUUAUCCACAACAAUUCCAAACAUGGGCGAAAACUGGGUCGUGAUCUCGAUGUAAAAACUACUCCAUGUAUCAAGGCAAUUUGCCCUAGUGAGGGCUGGACAACAGGGGGCACCACUGUCAUCAUAAUCGGUGACAAUUUCUUCGAUGGCUUACAAGUAGUAUUUGGUACAAUGCUAGUAUGGAGUGAGUUAAUUACGUCACAUGCAAUCCGAGUGCAGACGCCACCUCGUCACAUACCUGGUGUAGUGGAAGUGACACUGUCAUACAAGUCAAAACAGUUCUGCAAGGGUGCACCAGGACGCUUUGUGUACACAUCAUUAAAUGAGCCAACUAUAGACUAUGGCUUUCAACGUCUCAUGAAGCUUGUACCAAGACACCCUGGGGAUCCAGAAAGGCUACCAAAGGAAAUAAUCUUAAAGAGGGCAGCAGACUUAGCCGAGGCAUUAUACAGUAUGCCUCGCAAUCCCAACCAACUAUCACUCCCAGCUCCUCGGUCCCCAGCAAUGAAUCAAAGUACUGGAUUCAACACAUACAGCGGUCAGUUAGCCGUCAGCGUACAAGACUCAACCAAUGGUCAGUGGGAAGAAGGUUAUACAAGGACUCAAAAUAACAGCGUAUCCCCGAGAGGUUACGGAUCAAAUGGCUCCACCCCACAUAGUAAUGGUUCUAGUUAUAGCGCUAGUAGUAUGAACGGCUAUGGCGCAACUACUGCGUUAACGAAUAUGGGUAUGACAACGUCUGAUUUCCUGCACUCGACCCACGGACCUCAUUUUUCUUCUCAUUCGCCUACGUUACCUCACUCAAACCUUAGCACUAGCGGCACAACCCCAGGAAUAUUUUCAUUUUCACCCGCCAAUAUGAUCUCCGCUGUAAAACAGAAAAGCGCUUUUGCCCCCGUGGUGAGGCCGGGAGGCAGUCCCCCAAUGCCAAAUGGCACACACACAUCAGCUUUACAGGGCGGUUGGGCACAUCCAAUAUUAAACGAGUAAAUUCAGGUCUGACUCCUUUCACCUCCAUCAACCCAUUCUUCAGUACACCCUCUACACCAUACGGAACAUCGCUGAUGCCUCUCACACCAGCGAAAUAACACUAAGUGGACGACUGCACACAAAUCUACUCAGAUUUUCAUUGCAUAUCAUAUCAUGUUCGAACAUUGUUGGACACUUUUUCAUGAUAUUAGUCAAAUUAGUUCUAAGUCAGAUACCAUUGUACAUAAACACAGUGCAAUAUCAUCAUUUUGUGCAAAAAUAACAUGAGGUGGCUCAUGACUCGCAAUAUGUGGUUGCUCAUGGAAAAGAGCAGACGGGAAUUGACGAACUAGUCAGUAAAUAUGUAUAUUAUAUUGUAAAUAUUUUUCAAUCAGAUUAUGUCAAUUUUCUACACUAACGUUAUUAUAAAUAUGCAAACCUUUCUCAUAUUAAAGACAAUAUGAGAUUUAGAAAAAAUGUUCGUGCAUCUUGACACGAAGCAUGAAAAGCUAUGUCCAUAUUUGGUUCUUGCCCAUAUUAUGUAUCCCUAGUCAUAGCUUGGGGAAAUACUAGCAAUCUUUACACACUUCUGCAAGUGACAAGUAAAUAGCAGAUUCACAAAUAUGAUUUAUUAUCAUAAAUAAUUAAUUUAAUUUAUCAUAGAAUUAAAGAGAUAGUGAAGGUUACUCUUGAAACCAGGGUGCUUAAUAAGGAUAUCAGGCCAACUUGUCAAAAUUAAAUCAUAGACCAGUUGCCAUGUUAUUUUCCUACACAAACUGAAUAAUUAGCCAAUCCAAAAACUUCUUGGCUUUGGGUCUUUCGGCUGGUGUGUCAUAUUGAUCACCCUUUUUCAUAUCAAAAUUUUUUCUGAGAAUAAAUAUUCAAAAAGUGUGUGUGAACUUUGGAACUUAUUUUGCAUUUACAUGUAGUGUCUAUGAAUGUAACACUGGAUAUAGCCAUAUAAUGCAAUCUAUAUGUUAAGUGCACCGAUAUCUUC